UUUUCGAGGUGUUUGUCUGGUAGUGAGGCGAAUUUGUCUUAUUUGAGACGUUGGGUGGAGAAUAGGUGAUGAAGGGAGGCUCAACGUGGGAUUGGAUAGACGAAUUAUUGCCAUGUAAUAAAUCUGGUGCGGCGCAAUAUUCAGGCGCUGACUCUGAAGCUUCGCAACCAGCCAAUUUUCUCGUUCCUCAACACUACCAUGACAUCAUCGUCAGAGCCGCAAGAUUGCCAGAAGGAAACAAGGCUGUCCCGUUCGAAGUUGGUUAGCGUAUUUUGAAUGAAUGGAGAUCAUGUG